CGGGUGGUCCAAAAGAGCUCAACUCGACUUCAGAUGAGAGAUCCGUUGCUUCCGGGGUGAGAUGCCACCUUGUUUGUGAGUCUUGAUUCUUGAGCCUCAUGUGGUGUCGUGCGCUGGGCUUGCUGGCGCCCUUCGCAGCACUCGCAGCGUUUCAUCCCAAUCUUCAUGGUGCUUGGGAGUUCGUUUGGGAUGACACUGAGAACUUCAAUGAUGCACAGCUACGACGUUUGAAGUGGUCCAUCAGCAACGUUCAGUGGUGGUGUGAGAACUCUGUACUCAGAGUCUACGAACCGCUUGCAUUGGCUUUCAAGGCCACGGCAGCAGAGCUGGUGGAUCUCGAUCCGAAGAACCUGCACAUGUUGCAGGUGAUUUCUCAUGCUGUCUUGGCAUUUGUGGCCUUUCUGGGAACGAAGACUUUGACGGAGAAUUGGUCUACUGAGAGGCCUAGUCCUUCCUGGACGUCUUGUGCAGCUCUGGGAGCUUCAAGCUUUGCUGUUCACCCUCUAUGUGUGCAAGUUGUAUGUUGGUCCUCCUGCUUGCCAUACAUAUGGUCUGCAACACUGGCUUGGCUCUCCCUGAUUGCAUUCGACGUUGCCCUCGAGAAUCGUAAGAAUCAGCGAUACUGGCAAGCUCUACUCUUGAAUCUCGUUUCAGCAAUAGCAUUCUUUGGUGCAACACUGUGCAAAGCUGUGGUGCUUUUCUUCCCUGUCUUGCUCACGCUUCUCCGCGUGACUAAGACAAACAGAACGUGCGACAAGCUUCCUUUUGAAGUCGUCCAUUGGUUACUUGCUCUGCGGAGUGGAUUGUGGGCUUUACAGGCUGCAAGUGAUAGCCCUGAAGAAGUCCAGACAACUGCAGUUCAGCUAAAUAUGGUCAACAACUUCUUGCGCGCGUCGAUAUCUGUGUUCCUCUAUCUAUGGCGCAUCAUCAUUCCAAAAGAAGGUCUUGGCAUGUUGUUCUACCCCGUAGCAGGCGGCUUAACAAGCUGGCAAAUACAGAUGGGAUACGUGGCUGUGGGACUGCUGGUCUGCUUGACCCUGAGUUCAAUUGCGAUCCUUGGAAACAAGAAGUCAAGCAGACUGUCCAGCUCUUCGAUAUUUGGAGCAGUUUGGAUUUCUUAUCUGGCUCUUCUGUUUCCAUGCCUACAGCUCAUCCAGCAUGGCGAUCCCGUCUGGUUGGCGGACAGAUAUGGCUUUCUCCCGUGGGCACUCUUGGGGCCUCCGCUGGUGUGCAUCUUCAGUCGCAAGCUACUCCAGUGGUCACCACCUUUGCUCUUGGCAAUUUGCCCCCUGAACCUCUUGCUGUUGGGGCUCCAAAGCAGCAGAUUAUGUGAGCACUGGCGGAAUGGCGUCCAACUUUGGAGCUUUGCAGUUGCGGCUUCUGCCCAGGAGCCCUUUCCAGCCUUCCAUCACCAACUGGGCGUCUCAUUGUUGGCCUCUGGCCGGACGGAUGAAGCAGCGGUGGCCCUCCAAAGUGCUUGGCACGGACGGUCGGAUGCGUUGACAGCGAAGGCGCUGGGGCGCUUGGAAGCGGAGAAGGGACAUGUGAAGAAAGGGCUCCAAUGGCUCAGGACUGCCUUGGAUAGACCUGGCUUAUCCACUUCACAAGCAGCUGCAACAUACCACGACAUGGCAGUAUUGGAAUCCCGCCUCAAGCGGCCAAAACUUCAAAAGAUCUUGGAUCUCUACAACCAAAGCCUCCAACUUCAUCCAGAUCGUCCACUCACACAGGAACAUUUUGGGCUUGCCCUGGCUGUUGCUGGCCGUCAUGAUGAAGCCUUGGUUUACCUUCAAAAGGCAGAACGAGUUCGAAGCUCUGCGGAAUUGCAGAAUGGCCUCGGUGCCAUCUACUCCGCGCGUAAUCAAGUGCGGAAGGCCUCUCGUCACUUCCGCGAAGCCUUAAAGUUGCGGCCCAACUGGAAGGAGGCCAUGGAGAACUUGGCCGCGCUGAGCGAUCGAAAAGACCGGAAAGGCCCAGUGGUGACUGAGCACAUGUGA